AUGAAAGAAUUAUUAAAAAACAAUACUCCCUGGAAUAAGGUCAAUGUUUUAAAACAUUGUGAUGUUGACUUACUAUUCUCCUUUGAUUUAAAUAAAGGUGUAGAACACAAACUCAUUUCAUUUGCACUAAAUCUUUUAUGUGUAAGUAAAAAAUAUGAGUUAAUAUUUAUAACUUAUGGGCAACAUAUUUAUGUCUAUGAAAUGAAUAAAUUUAUGAGUACUAAUGAUAUAAAUAAAAAUGAUAAUAAGGAUUGCAAUUUCCGUAUAAAUUUUAAUAAUCAUGAUAUAGAAAAAAAUAAUUACUGUUUUAAGAAUAUGAAUAAGAUAAGAUAUCUUUAUGAUGAAAUUAAAAAAGAAUUUUAUUUAAAAAAGUUAAAUAUACCAAGUCCUGUUUUAAUUCUAUCACCUCAUAUGUAUUCCAAGGGUUAUGUUAAUAUCAAGUGCGAAGAAAAAGAAAAAUCAGAAAAAAGUAUAUUAAUAUGUGUUGGAUGGUCAGAAGAUACAAAUAUAUACUAUGUUGAAAAAAUUGUUGAAUGCAUAAAUAUUAAAAAAAAAUUAAAAAAUUUACUAGAAAAAAAUCUUUAUAAUGACAAAACAUGUGAAAAUAUAAAUUACCAAGCACAUAAUUCUCCUUUUCAAUAUCUUAAUAACGAUACUUACUACUUUUUAAAAAAAUUAAAAAUAGACAAAAACAAUUUCAUUUUAAAUAUAAUACAUGACAACGAAUGUAUAAAUAAUUAUUCAAAUGAAUUCAUUGAUUUAUUUCAAUUGUCUAAAAGUAAUAAUAAUUUUGAUUAUACUAAAAAUAAAAUGAAAGAAAAAAGAAGCAUACUUUUACAUAAACUAGAGGAAAGAAGAAAAAAAAAAGUUAUAUCAAUCAUAUCAAAAGAAAAAAAAAAAUAUUGGGCUAGUAAAAUAAUUUUAAAUAAAAAUGUUCAAAAAGGUAUAAAAAAUCCUUUUUUAAAAAUAAAAAAAAAAAAUUUAUAUAAAAAAAAUUACAAGUGCAUAUUAAGAAAUAAAAAAAAUAUAAGCAAUUAUUCAGAUAAAAAAAAUGUAGCCAAUAAAAUAUUGAAAAAGAAAUUUAAAUUAAGUGAUUUUUAUAGUAGCCUUGAAAGUGAAGAAGAAGACGAGGAAGAAAAAAAUAGUGAACUCAUUGAAAAAAACAAAAAAAAUUACAAAAAAAAUAAUUAUAAUAAUUUUUUAGAUUAUGAUGAAAAAGAAAUAGAAGAAAUAAAUUUUUAUAGAAAGUUUAGAAAUAAAGUUUAUAUAGGAUAUAAUUUGAGACCUAAUUCAGAAUUAAAUGAAAAAAAUGAUUAUAUCAAUUCAUUUAGGCAAAACAAUCAACUUGUAGAUGAGUAUUUAAAAUCAUCUAGCGAUGAAAAUAAAGAUAAUGAUAGUGAAUUACAAUUAUCUAAAUAUAAAAAAAAUAGAAAUAUAUUAAAAUUUUGUGAAUAUAAAAAUUUUUUUAAAUCAUUGAAAAAGGAAAAAAAUAAAAAAGGGAAUAUAUUUGAUAAUAAAAAGGCAUUUUCAAAUAUUAUAAAUUUUAAAAAUAAUAAUAAUUUAUAUUACUCUCAAAAAAAAUAUCAAAUAAAUAUAAAAAAAUAUAAUGGUGAUAACAAGCAAAUGCAAUUAAAGCGUUUAAAUAAAAACAUAGAGAAUUAUAUGUUAUAUAUAAAACAAUUAAAUUUUUUAAAAGAGGAAAGAAAAAAAUUUGUUAAUUUUUGUAAACUAUAUAUAAAACAUAAAUAUUACGAAGAAUAUAGUAAAAGAUUAGAAACAUUUUUAGAUCCAUCUGUUAAAAUAAAAUACCAUAAGAUUUGGAAACAGUUUAAUGUAUUUACUUUUAAUUUAUUUAAUGUAGAUUAUAACGAUAAAAUAUUAAGGUCUGUCCAUGUAUACUUACAACCAGAUAUUGUUUUUAAUAAUAAAAUGUAUAUAAAAUCGGAUACUUCAACUUGGGCUAUUUCUUUUAAUUUCAAAAAAAAUUUAUUAGCUAUUGGAUCAAAUACACAUAAUAUACACAUAUAUAAUUUGAAUAAUUUUUAUUACUUUAGAAAAAGGUACAAUUAUGAUGAAGCAAUCAAUUAUUUUAAAAAUACUUUUAUAUAUAAAAAUUUUCAAGUAAAUAAUAUGUUUAGAGAUAAUAGAAAAUAUAUUUUUUUUAACAACGAUAAUAAAAAGAAUAAAAAAAAAAGAAAGAAAAAUAACAAAAGUACUAAUUAUAGUAACAUAUACAAUAAUACUAAAAAGAAAAGGAAUAGUUUAUUAAAUAUAAGCACAAUUACCAAAAAUUCUGAAACUGAUAUAAGUUUAAAUGCUCAGAAAAAAAUAAAAUCCUAUAGUUAUUCAAAUGAUAUGACAAAAAUUUAUAAUGCAAAUAUACAAAAUCGUUUAUCACCUAAUCACAGUUUACCAAAAAUUGAAAAGAAAAAUUUUGAAAAAUUUAGAAUGAAUAAAAGUUAUUAUUAUAAGGAACAUUUUAUUUAUAACUAUUUAUCAGAUAGUUUUUAUGAACAAAUUAAGCGACGUAAUUACAAAUGCAAAAAAGCAGAUAGUCUUAUUUUAGAAAAAUAUGAUUUUAAUGAUAAAUUUAAAAUGUACCUAAAUAAAAGUGAAAAAGCAUGCAAAAAUUAUUCAAAAAAAAGUAUAAAGAGAAAAAAAGUGUUUGGUAAAUCAUGUUAUUCUGCUGAUGAUUAUAUGGUUAAUUAUAAUAAAAUAAUAAAUGUAAAUAAUGAUAAUAAAAAUCUUUCUUCGGAUAUAAAUGAUCAAUAUGAUAGCAAAGAAAAUUAUCUAAAUUAUUUUGAAAGAGGACUAAAACUAAAAAAAGAACAAAAAUGUGUUUUACAUUAUAUAAAAAAAGAAAAAAAUUCUAGUAUUUCAAAGAAAAAUUAUAAAAAUAUUCCACAGGUAGAAGAAAUAGCAACAAGCAUUCUUUUAAAAAAAAGUAAAAUUCCAGUAGAUUUAUCUCUAUUUUUUAUACUUAGAAAAGAAAAUUUGAAAAAUAUUCUUUUAACAAUAUCCUAUAACUUUCCAAAUGAUUCAAUUAUUUUAUUUUUAAAACAAGCAUGCAUAGGAGAUGAAAUUUAUCAUAUAAAAUGGAGAAUUCGUUAUAAUAGUUUGUCAACUAUUCAUAAAAUGAGAAAAUUAUAUAUCAAGAAAUUUGGUUCAAGGAAAAAUUUUCAUUUGAAGUUAUUCGACAGUAAUACAUUAAUAAUUAAUUCUGAAAAUUUCUUAAAGAAUUGGUUUCUGAAAUAUUUUUGUAAAAAUAUUUUCUUGAAUUUAAAUUUGUUAUUAAAAAAUAGGAAAAUGAAGAAACAAAGUAAAGGAAACUUAUCAAAUAAUAUGAUAAGUCAUGAUAAUAAUACAUAUGAUAAUUACAAGACAAUUUUAAGGAAAAAUAAAAUAGAUAAAAUAGAAUCAAAUAAAAAUAAAGAAAAAAAAAAUAAGAAAAAUCAAGUAAAUAAUAAAAAAAUAAAAGUAAUAAGUAAGGAUUUACUUCCUGAAAACACUAGCAGCGAUGAGCCAUUCAAUAAAAAGUAUAUUUAUAGUACACAAAAAAAUUAUAAUUUGUUAAAAAUAGAAAAUCAUUAUGUUUUUCCUUUUUCUAAUAUAAAUGAUUAUAUGAGAAAUGAUUCAGAAAACAAAAUAAUCCAUUAUACUUUCAAGUAUAGUUACAAAAGAGCUAACCUUACUCUGAAAAAAAUAUCAAAAAUAUUUAGAAAUUUUAUUAAAGACAGAUAUAAAUAUAUCUUUUAUAAUAAAAAUCAGUUAUAUUCAAAUGAAAAUUUCAUUUAUAUUGUAAAGAAUAAAAAAAAUAAGGAAUAUUUAAACAAUUAUGACGAAGUUUCUAUGAAAUAUAUUAAAAAAUUAAAAGAGGCAAUAAAAAAUAUACAGAGUAAUACACAAGGUUUUUGUUUAAAUAAAAAAAAUAAUAUUAAAAAAAUUGAGGAAGGAUUGCUUAAGAAUAAACUAUUAAUUAUUUGUGAAUUACGUGAUCAUAAUAAUAACUUACUGGACAUAAUACAUUUAUCAAAUGAACAUAAGGAUGAUAAAGAAGAUUUCUUAUCAGAUACUCCAUCUGAUAAAUUAAUAGAAGAUAAUAAUAUUUAUUACACUUUAAAUUUUUAUAAGGAUGAAAAUAAUAAUAAAAAAAAAUAUAUAACAAAAAAUAGUUUUAAUAUACCAAAAAUAUUUUCAAAUAGCAAAAUAACCGAAUCAUAUCUAAGCGGUAUUAUAAAUAAUACAAUAGAAAUGGAAAUGAAAAAUUUAAAAGCAAAUAAUUCAUAUUUAUUAAAUCUAGAUAGAAAAAAAAGCAUAAAUUUUUCAUCGAAUUUUAAUCAUGAAUCAGAUAAAAGUUCUUCCUUAUCUUCUAUUAAAAAAAUUGGGAAUAAUAUUGAAUGCAGAACAAAUCUUUCGUAUACUAAUAUACCAGUGAACGAAGGUUCAAGUUACAUAAAUACUCAAAUUAAUGGAAAUACUAUACAAAAUGGUGAUCACGUUUUAAGGAAUGAAAAUAAUAUAGAAAUCUCUAACAGUAACAAUUAUAUCACUCACAGUAUACAUAAUUUUAGAGUACUGCAAAAUAAUUUUAUAAAUGAUUCAUAUAGUAAUAGUCAAAAUUAUGAAAACGCAAGAGAUAGCUAUUUAAAUGAUAAUAGAGAUACUUAUAUAAACAAUAUAUUAAAUGAUUCUCAUAAUAUUUUAAACCUUAAUAAUAGAACAAAUUAUAUGAAUAAUAGUUUAUCAAAUAACGCAGAUAAUCUUGAUAACUUUAGUAAUAUUCAUUUAAAUGAUAUCGAUAAUCUAAAUAUUAAUGAAAAUUUACACAGUAUCAAUUCCUCAGAUAAUAACAAUAAUUUAAAUAUUAAUAAUAGAAAUAUUAAUAUAAGUUUAAAUAAUAAUUUUGAAUCUAGCACAAAUAGAAAUGAUAAUACAGAAGUUAAUAUAAAUUUAAGUAGUAUUACCAAUUUAAACUUGAAUACAAAUUUAAAUAGUAUUAAUAAUUCCGAUAAUAAUGUUCAAAAUUUCUCUGAUUUUUUAUUUAAUAACGAAUAUAUGUUUCUUAAUAUUUUAUAUAAUAAUAUAUUAAAUAUGGGAAAUGCAAAUAGAAGUUUUUCAAACUUGUUAGAUUCAAGUAAUUUGUCUUUUAAUAGAAACAUUUUAACAAAUGUAAAUCAUAAUAAUUCCAAUAGAUGUAUAAACAUGCGCAUAAAUAGAGAAAUCAAUAAUGACAAUUUUUAUAAUAAAAUAUUACAGAAUAACUCAGCUAUAAGUUCAGAAAAGAUGAAAAAACAUAAUGGCAUAAGUGGUAUUAAAUGCAAAAGUGAAAAAAAAGUGAAAAAAGAAGUCAGCAAUAACUUUCAUGAAGUUCCAUUGAGUAUGAAAAGUAUUUGCAAAAAAAAUAAAUAUGACGUUACUAUUAAAAACAUAUAUACUUUGUCAAAAAGCGCUGAUGAAAUAUUUUUCACUUUUAAAAAAAAUUCAGAAAUAUUUUUUGAUUUUGUUAUUGUAUGUGAAGGAUUAUACGAAGAAAAAUGGAAAACUAAUGAAAAGGUAGAACAAAAUGAAGUAAAUAAAAAAAAAACAGAAAGUGAUGAAAGUAAUGAAGAAAAAAAAAAAAUAGAAAAAGAAGAAGAAAGAACAAAAUUAAAAUCAAAAAAUUAUGAAAUAUUUCAAAAGAAGUUAAGGAAACAAAGGAAAUUACAACAUGUGGAAAAACAAAAAAAAGAAAAUGUACAAACAUUUGGAAAUGUUAAUAAAUUAAAGGAAAAUAAUAUGAAUGGGCAUUUAAAGAAUUUUUCUUCUUCAUAUAAAGAUUUCUCUUUUUUAAAAAAUGAAAAUAAUUAUACAGAUAAAAAUAAUUAUAAUUAUAGUAAUUUAAUAGAAGGAAAUUAUAAAAAUGAGAAUGGAAAUAUAAAGAACUAUAAUAUAAAUAUUAAUUCAACCAAUAUUUCAUGUGAAAGUAAUAAAAAUAUAAAUUCAAAAAAGGCAUCUCCCGAUUUUACUUCAGAUUUUCUAGAAUCAUCAGAUACGUCUUAUAAUUCAUCCAGUGAAAACUUUAGUGAUUUUAAUUACAGAUCAGAAUCUUGUUAUGAAGAAUGCUCACAAUGUGAAUAUUCGAAUUUGUGCAUUGAAAAUAAAAGUGAAAUAGAUUAUAAUUCUACUUACAAAUUUUUAAAAAGUGAAAACUCUUUAUUGUAUGUUGACAAUUGUAAUGUUAGUAUAAAAAAAAAUGAAAAAUCCUUAUCAAAAUAUUAUUUAAAGAGGACUUCUUCCCACAAAAAUAAAUAUAUUUCUCAUGUAAACACUAAAAUUAUUACAUUAAAUAUAAAUGAUUUUGAUUACCAACCUCUUUUCUGUAAAACAGAAAUUAUUGAAAACACAAAAAAACAUGAAAGUAAUAAUAAAGAAAUAUUAAGUAAAACAGGGAGAAAUGAUGCUCUUAUUAAAUCAGAAUGGAUAGAGAAAAUACUGCUUCAAGAAGACUAUUAUGAAGUUCAAGAAAGAAAAGAUAAAAAACAAAAAAAAAAAAAUAAAAUUGUCGAAAAAAGAAAUAGAAACGAGAAAUAUGAAAAAAAAAAAGAUAAAAGUAAACUUUUAAAUAUAAUGAAAAUUUUAAAAAAGUGUAAAUUAAAUUAUAAUCUUAGAAAAAAAAAGAAAAAAAAAAGAAAAUAUGAAAAAAAUUUAGUAUAUACUAAUAUAAUAAAAAGUUCAAAUAAAGUAAAAAAUAAAAAUAAUAUUUCUUCGAAAAAAGUAAGAAAAAAUUAUAAUUAUAAUAUUAGUUCUCUCAUACAUUAUAAGGAAAAGGAAAUAAGAAAUUACUUUUAUGAUGAAAAAAAUAUAAAUUAUAUAUCUAAUCAUGUAAAAAAGAAAUUUCUAGACAAAAUAAAUAAUGAGUAUGUAGAAAAAGUAGUAAGUGAAAUUAUGUGGACAUUUUCAAAUGUAAUUUUUUAUUCGGCAGAUUGGUAUGAUAUUCUCUAUAGAUUAUUUUUUGAUGUUUCUUCAAGAUUUUAUGAAUUAGUUAUAAAGCAUCAUCAACAUAAUAUUCCAUGCGUAAAGUUUUCCCCAGAUAAUAAUUUUUUAUUAUCAUGCUCAGUUGAUAAAAGUGUUGUAUUGUGGUAUCCAUUUAAUAUAGAAAAUUUUAAUUUAAAAAGAAAUUUUAAUAUUUAUGAUCAUAUAUUACCUCAUAAUGGAAAUAAGAAGAAUAGAAACACGUGUAAUAAUUCUAUUCUUAAUAAUUUAUACACAAAUGUUACAUUAAAAAUUAAUUAUGCAAAUAAAAAAAAUGUUUUUGAGAAAAUUUACCAAGAUACAGAAAUGUGGAAAAGAAAAAAAGAACAAGAACUAAUAAAAAAAAUAAAUAACGAUAUACUUUGUAGGCAAAGUUUAAAAUAUAUGGGAUGGAGCUGUGAUUUUGUUAUAAAAAAAAAUGUUAGUAAAUUUGAUUUUUUAAUUGAUUUGUUUCAUAAAGAAAAGUUUUUAAAUAGACAUAAUUUCAAUUAUUCUUCUUACUUUCCAUUUAAUUAUGCAAAUUUAAACAAUUUUUUAGUCUUAUUUGAAAAAUAUUCUCUUUUUCAUUUAUUCAGAUGCUCAUUUUUAGGAAUAAAAAAUAAAAUAUCCUUAAAUUUUAAUAAUUUUAUUACUUAUUUAUAUAAAACUAACGUUAAAAAAGCAAAAUAUUUAGAAGAAAAUAAAAUAAAAAAUAUUUUAGAAAUAUUAACUCAAAAGAAUAUAAAUAAGAAAUAUAAUAUGAAAAAAGUAAAAAGGUUAUAUUCAGCAAUGAAAUACAUUGCAAAAAAUUUAUUAAAACCAUAUAUUUUAAUUCACCCACUUAAAUGUGAUAAAUAUUAUCCAAAUACUAUGAUGAAAUUAAGCGAAGAAAGCUUACUUAAUUGCCCCCAUUUUUUAACAGAUUGUGACUUGACCUAUUCUGAUGAUAGUGAAAAUGCUUUAAAUGAAAAUUUAAAAAGUAAAUCUGAUAAAUUAAGUUUUUUCACUGAAAAUAAAAUAAAAAAUAAUAAAAUAACUAGUUUAUAUUAUGACCAUUCCGAAAGUGAAGAUAGUUAUAAAUCAAAUGAUGAAUUAUCUUCCUCAGAUAAUGAAGUAAAAACUAAGCCUAAAUUCAGUAUGAAUGAUAAUGAAUCAGACAAGAAUUAUUUAGAAAAAAAUAAAUAUGAAAAGUCAUUGUUUUAUAAAUAUAUACAUAAAAUAAGAAAUGAAUUUAGUUUAAAUUUUUUAUUAUAUGAAGAAAGAGCUGAUAUUAGUAAAUGGACAUUCAUUUUUCAAAAAUUGUUGAAUCAGUACAGUGAUAUGAAAUGUUUUAAGGAUAUAUAUAAGCAUAUAAAAAAUAAAAUUCUAACUAAAUAUAUUAAUAAAUAUGAAAAUCUAAAACCAAAUUUAUAUUUUAAUUUUUAUAUUACUCGAAAUUAUAAUGAAUCUAAAGUAUUAAAAGAAAUAUUAUUAAAUUAUUCUACAUAUUUCAAUGGAAAAAAAAAUAGGAUUUCUAGUAAUAAAUAUGGAAAAAUUAAUAAAGAAUUUAAAUUAUUCUUAAAGUUGAUAAAAAACCAAAAAUUAUUAGGUAACAACUACAAAAAAGAAAAAUGGAUAAAUAUAAAAAAAAAAAAAAAAAUAGAAGAUGUUAAAAAGACAAAAAAUAAUAAUAAUAAUGCUUUUGAAAAUAAAGGAUACACUAUUAUAUUAAAAAAUAAUAUUAAUAAUUUACAUAAUGUUAUAAACAAUAUAAUAAAUAUAUCUCAUAGAAAUAAAAUUAUUAAGCAUCAUAAAUAUUUUAAGGAAAAUAAUAUUUAUAAUAACAAUAAUUGUAAUAAAAAAAAAAAAAAAGUAAAAAAUAAUUCAGAAUCUAUUAAAAAUGAUAAAAUAAAUAUUCAAGAAGGAGUUUUUCAAAAUUAUUUCAAUGAUUUUAAAAAAUACUGCAAUGAUUUUUAUUCAACGGAUUCAUUUAAUUCCCAUUUCAGUGAUACAUCAUUCAAGAAAUACAAAAGGAAAACUAAAAAAAUGAAGAAAAAAAAAAAUAACAAAACAAAUAACCUCAAAAAUGGAUGUUUAAAAGAAUCAAAUGAAAAAUAUUUUAGUGCAUUAAAUAAUGUGCGAAUAACAUUUAGUGAAUCAAAUAAAGAAAAAAAAAAAAAAAGUGGCAAUUUUUUUUUUAAUAAUAAUAAGGCAUUAAAAAAAGCAGAUUUAAAAGAAAUAUUAAUGAAAGAAAGAAAAAAAUUUAAUAUAUGUUUUCUGAAUUCAAAAAAUAAAAAAUAUAAAAUUAAUUACUUUUCUAAUAUGAAUAUAUUACAAAAUAUGUAUAAAUAUUGUGGUAGAGGAUUGAUUCUAGUGAAUGUAAAAUAUAUUGAAAACAGUUUUCAAAAUGAAAAUCUCAGUAAAAAAAAAAAAGAUGAAAAUAAAUCCUAUAUAAAAAAACUUAAUAAUAUAAUAUUUCAAACUGAUAUAUAUAUUUGUAAAGCAAAGACAACAAAAAAUAAUACUUAUAGUAAAAUUUAUUUACAUAAAAAGUCUAGAGAUAUAAUUUUUAUUUUAAAAGUUAAUGUAGAGGAAUUAAAGAAUUAUUUAUUAAGGAAAUUUAUAUUUGAGGAAAAAUAUAUUAAUAAUAGUUUUUAUAUUAAUUUAAAAGUAGUGAAGAUUAUUUAUUUACUUACUUUAAAAAAUUGUGCAUUAAUAGAUAAAAAUAGUAAUAUUAUUGAAAGAAAAAUGGAAAAAACAAAUAAAAAGAUAUUAAAGUUUUGUUUAUCAAAAGAAGAGUUUACAUUCUUCACAUAUUUAACAAAUAAUUUAUUUAAAAAAAAAAACAAACAUGCAUUAACAGCUAAAAUGAUAUAUAAAAAUAUAAUAAAGAUGAGAAAUUAUAUAUUUAAUUCUAAAAACAUAAACAUUUCCACUGUUAUUCAAGAUUAUCCUUUGAAUGAUUUUGAAAAAUUAGGUUUAUCAAAAGAUAAAUUUCAGACUUCCUUUAAUAUAUUUUUUUCACUUUUGCCUCAAAAUAAAAAAAAUAUAAUAAUGUUGAAUAUAUCAACAUUAAGAUUUUUAUAUUCUCAUAUUAAUAAAAAAAAAAAAAAAAAAAAUAUUUGCUGUAUAAAUAAAGACAGGGAAAUAUAUGAUGCAAUAAUAAAUAAAGACGAAAAAAAGCAAUUAAGUAAAUAUUUAAUAUUAUCAGCAGAUAAAUGUAAAUUAUAUUUAUUAAAGAUUAAAUAUAAAAAAAUUACGAAAAAUUUAUUUACAACAAAAUUUAUUCCUAUAAGUGUUCAAACUAUACCUAAAGAGCACAUUUUACCAUCAGCAUUUAAAACAUCACGUAUUAGUUUGUUAAAAAUUAUUUAUGAAAAAUCGUGCGUAUUAUUAGCUAAUCAAUAUAGUAAUAAUAUAUUUGUUUAUUUUAUUCAUAAAUGUGUUUAUACAAACUCAUAUUUCCUUAUACCUUAUUUUAUACUUCCUCUAUAUACAGAAAAUAUAGGAAAAGAACUUUUUUAUUGUUUUAAUAAGGAUGUGUCGAAUAAUGAAAAUAGUUAUUUUGUAAAUAAUAUAAAUUAUAAUUUAAAAAAAUUGUUGGUUAUUAAUUCUAAAGAGACACCUGAAGAAAGUAACUUUUUCAUUGCUGGUUUUGAUGUAAUAUAUGUUGAAAGAAAAGAUAAUAACUUUGAAUUAACUAUUUUUGCAAUUUUACUUAGUAAUAUUAUAUUUUGUUACAAAUUAAAAUUUCAUUAUUAUUAA